GGCAAUAGGCUAUUAUGCCCUAGGCCUUCAAAAUGUACCUAAUAAUCGCUAAUUAAUAGCAGGUCAUAAGACCGACCGCUGUUUAUGAGCGCCGUUUACCAGUAGUUGUCAACCCCUUCUGCUUUAUCACGCCCCCUCGCCCAGUUUUCUGGCUUUGGAUUAGUCGCUGUCAGGUGCCAAACCUUCUGAUAUGCGCUUAGACAGCCUGCCUUUUGGAGCGGCCGCACCGUUAAUAGGCAAAAAUGGACCAGCGAACCGAUUAGUGCUAUAAUCACAGAAUCACUCCGGGGAGAGUGAUCAUGGCUAGUCGGCGAAAAGACAACCAUCGCAUCCGCAUCGGAGACAGUGGCGUCGACAUAAAAACAUCGCGGAAGCCGCGGCAACGGGAUUCGUCAAGCGAGGCAGGGUACUCAACAGAAUCAAUGACGGAUCUACCACAAUGGAUGCGCCUGUAUUUCUAUGGGAUGCACGGUGUAACUCUGGACAUCCUGCUGUCAUCUGUGCGCGGGUUUAUAGGUAACCAAGACCCGAAACUAUUUGGUUUCUCUUCUCCUUAUCUGUGCAUCAUGCAUUCGCUGACCCAUUUUGUAUUAGAGAAGGUCUAUAUGCAAAAGAGGUGUUUUCAGGGACGACCCGCUGUUUUUCAUCUAGUUUUCUACCCCUCGGUUUAUAUCGGGCUGCAGAUUCUGAUUGGGAAUAUAAAUACUCUGACUGAGCAGGUUAGAAUGGUGUCGGCGUCGCAGCUCGCAGUUCACUACAUUCUAGCGCUGUACUUCACCCAAGUGUUCCACAAGGGGCUGUCGCAGCUACAGUACGACGGCCCCAGCCAAAGCAUCCCGGCUGAUAUUACUCAGGAGCCGCGGAGGUCGAACGGACUGCCUGGUGCUAUGCGGUUCUUGUUUUUUGGAAUGCACGGUUUUCUGGACGAGGUCUUGUUCACUUCAGUGUUUAACCUGGUGGAGAAAUCCGACCGGACACUGAGCGGGCACACGUCCCUGUGGUCGUUUUUUAUGUACGGGAGCUGCAGCUUCGUGGUGGAGAAGCUCUACCUGCACUUGCACUUCAAACGAGGCUGGGGAACUUGGAAGAGACUCCCAAUCUACAUAUGCUUUAUCUAUACUUGGGAGUUCUGCUGGGGAUUGGCUCUGCGUCAGUACGACGCUUGUUCGUGGGACUACUCGCACUACCCCUUCAAUUUCAUGGGUCUAAUCACUCUACUGUACCUUCCCGGAUGGGUCUGCCUUAGCCUCUAUCAAGACGUCCUGUCCAACGUUCUGCUGCGAGUCAAGUGCAGCACCAAAGAUGAGGAGAGGGACCCGGGCGCCGGUGUCAACGGACGCCUGCUGCUGAAAAAUAAAUGAAUACACUAAAUUGACAGGAUAUAUGAAAAAGAAAAUAUAGCCUAUCAGAUAACCUUAUCCCAUAGUCCAAUUCUAUAUGAAUUAAUAGCUACCGUUAUAACGAUAUUAAUGGUUGUCCAUUGAUUAUUUAAGGACAAGGUCUUCGUUUGAUAAGAGAAGGCCUUUAAGACUAUGAUGAGUGUAGCCUACUUACACUUAAAUAUGUGUAUUUCCUAAACGGAACAAAUAGGUAGCUGUCAACAGCUUUAAUCUGUGAUACACUAAAUAUUGUCAGUCUGCUUGCUCAAUCAAGGUGACACAUCUAAUCAUUUCCUAAUACAAACUGCCGUUUAUAACUUGCUUGAUUGAGUGAUUCAUUACUGCUGUAAUAUUCCUAAUAUUUCAAUGUCAAUGUUUUCUAUUUUGAAGUCGGUCUAUUUUGAUAGCUAAUAAUGACUGAAUGUAGCAGCCUUAGAUAUGCAUGAUAGCGUUUAACAAGAGAUCGAUAGCAUGCUUUCAAUUCAUUUUUUGCAUGAUAUUUCCUGACUGCUGAUGUUUUUCCUUUUCGAGAAACGCAUGACGAGUAUAAUUCGUUUGAUAUACUGUACAGUGACAGGAAAGCAACCGAGCAAAUGACCGAGAGAUGACUUCACUGUGAAUCUUUAAUGUACCGAAUCUGUUUCGGAGUGCCUUUCUGAGCAACCUUGGGCCGACAGAAAAGAGCACCAAACUAGUUGUAGUGCAAGGCACUAUCCUCCGUAUUUUAGAUGUGUGCAAAGGCGUCGACAUGGAGGUCAAUUGGAACUCACAAAGAAGGGUGCAUGGACAUUGAUAAAGCAGCUGAUAGCUGGUAAUGGUUAUCGUCUGCCUAUGGUUGUGUGAUUCUUGUUAGAAUCCAUAGAACGUCACAACUGACAAAGGUAAAGGGGCAAUUGUAGACCAUGGGACAUGACAGAAAUGUCUAAAGUGACCAAAGAUGAUGGCUGACUCAUUAUGUUUUACAACUUGAUCAUUACACGUUUAUAAUCAGGAUGUUGUAGUCACUUUUAAUUCAUUAUGACUAGGGCCCAGACUUGUCCAAGUUGGGUGAUUCAGUCAAUAAAAUAAAAUAAAACAGGCCCCAUAAAUGAUGGUUGUUGGAAGAGUAAAAGUUUGGAAGGUGAGAGACUGCUGGUGUCUGAUCUCUAGCCUGGCCACCAGUCCUUUAGGCUCUGCUUGAGACAAUAUGAGGACUGUCAUUUCUCCAGUUAUUCAGAUGGAUAAUGUGUGCAUUAUAAAUAUGUGCAUUGUACUGUAUGAAGGAUGUGUGUACAGAACACAGAUUCUUUUUGACCAGACCUUCAUUACUUUGUCACUCUACCCAGACUAUUGCCUUGUUGUACUCUUUGUACGCACUAAACAUAGUAUCAUAUUUCAGACUUUACUACCAUACAGAUUGUAGUACCACAUUUGAGAAUAUAGUACAGCGGAACAAUCCAUCUAAUAUAGUACAGUGGACAGAUCUGUGUUCUAGAGUCUUGUAAAAUUGUAUUUCCUCCAGUACUUUGUCUAAAGGGGGCCAUACCACAGACACAUGUCUGAAUACCUUGCACUGUGACUUUGAAAUAUAAAUUGAUAUUCGACUGGAACUUGAAAUUGAAAAUGUAUACCUUUGUUACACUGGAUUACACUGCAUGUUUGAAUGAAAUCUGUGUCCUGACUUUGUGUUGUGGCUACCUUGUACGCACUGGGUAACAAACCUUUUUUUCUGAAGACUCAGGUUGUUGAAUCAGAGACCUAGUGUCCUAGACAUGCGAUGGAGACUGCAUUUGUAUAUCUGACUGCCAUUUCAAAACAAGCAUUCCUAUUGGUGGACUGUAUGCAGAAUUGGUUCAGUUACCACAGAAGCACAAUUUACAACAUGAUUAUUCUGAUGACUUUGUUUCACAAUAGUUAGUUACAUGGACAUCUGCUAAAUGGCAGCUAACAUUGCAUAUCUAAGUAUAAAAUGUACGCUUUUAAACUAUUAAAAAGUGUGCUACCCAGAAUGGGGGAAUAUUUAACAUGGCAUGGCGGUGUGAUAUAUAGAAUAUUUAAAAAAAUGACACUGCAGAGACUAAUUUAAUGAUUGAAUGAGAAUUGUUAAGAUUUGUUAUUUACUUGAUUAAAAAUGAAA